AUGCCUGCUUCCCAUGGGGCUGACGGUUGCGACUUCUCCGACGAGUCGGACUACGCCGACGAUGUGUUUUCAGACCACAGCGACGAAAAUACCGACGGGACUGAGGAGACCGACAGCGAGGACAGCGAUGACAGUGAUGCGGAGAUCUCAGAAGAAGACAAGCUUCCUCCUCCCGAACAUUAUGAGGCCGAGGAGACUACUCUCGAUGUCAAACGACUCCGGCAGCGCCGCUUGAGGAAAACCACAGUUGAUAACAUGGAUAGAGUCCGAGACCACUGGCACCGAUACUGCGAAUACAUGAGGAGGAGGGAUGUGCUCGACGCCUACCAGACCCUCUCAAUCCAAUCCCUUAAAGGGUUCCUUAGCUGGGCCUGCGAUCAGCGUCGCGGUAAAGGGGGAAGAAGGCGGCCGGGGAUCCAAGUCGUCAGCUCCCUGGAAACCUUCUGGAAGCAAUUUUCCCAGGUCUAUAAACAAGACACGGGCGACAGCAUCGACCCUCUGAUCAUGGCACAAGCACAGGAUGUGAUCGAGCUCAUCGCCGAUGAGAAGAAGCUCAGCCGCGAGAAGAGGCCGGGGGAGCCCAUGUACGUUGACGACCUGGCGGAGUACCUCCGCGUGCUUCUGGUCACGAACGAGAUGGAGUUUCUGGUCGGCUGGCUGCGCGUCGAGCUGAUCCUCUUCUGCCAGAUCGCGGGCGUCACGGGCAAUCGGCCAGAUGCCUUGACCCAGCUUCGGUAUCGGGAUCUGGAGCUCACGCUGGUCCGGGAUCCCCAUUCCAGCGCACCCCGUCUGUGCGUCGGGCUGACCGCCCACUUCACUAAGACUUUCUUGGGCAUGAAGGAUGCGAACACUUUUUGGCUUCCGGAGAUCAUCUACGACCCAACUCUGGUGCUCAGUCCUCAUGUCUUCCUCCUGGGAAUGCUGUUCUACAUCCAGGCAUUCAAGUCACCAGGUAUCAGACGCCCCGAGGAUCUCUACAGUCUGGGCGUCCUGAAUGGACUCAAUCAACAGCAACUACCGCUGCGGGAUGAUCUGGCGGACCUGUUCGUCUUCUGCUCAGCCGUCCGCGAAGGAGGUGGCGUCCGGAUUGCGCAUGAAAUCCGGUUGACCACAGCGUCGGUGCGGACUCGGAUGAAAAAGGGCGGCGAGAUCACGGGCUUCCAGCAGGUCACGAAGCCUUAUGUCCUCCGUGAUGCAGCGGCGAAGGGUUUUAACGAGAGCUCGGACGUGAGCGAUUCUCUCCAGAACCUGAUGCUCCAGCACGCCAGCAUCGAUACGUUCCUCAAACACUAUCUGGACCGAAACAUCACCGCUGAUGUCCUCAGCAUCUACCGUGGCCUCGAGCCGCAGAAGGCGCUGAUGAGGAUGGUGUGCUCGAUGAGCCGCUCCAUCGACCCUCGCCGACCGUGGAAGCUUACGCCGGAGCAGUCGAGAUCGGUAAAUGACCAGCCACCCAUCCUGAAGAUCGCUCGAAGAGUCGCACACCUGAAGAAGCGCCGUGACUCUACCGCAAGCUGGCUCCGUGGUCGGGUGGGACAGAGGUACCGGCGGAAGGCCGAGAAAGACCGACGAUGGGAAGCGAAAUACAGGCGCCGGGUUGAGAAGCACGAGAGGCGAGAUGAGAGAUAUCACAAGGCCGUUCGCCGGCUCCGAAACGAGAAACAACGCGCGAGGAUCGAGCUCAAGCGUAAGAUUCUAGAGCGAUACCGGCAGGAACAACCUGUGAUCGACAGCGAGCGGCAGCUCUCCGGAAAGGUCGUCGAUGAGGACGUGAGAAGUGCACUGGAGCGGUCUGGGUACAUGACGCCCGAACAGAUGAUCAUGAUCGACGCGGUCCUAACGCUGCCGCCAAAGACCCCAGAGGCGGAACUGCAACGACGGAUCACCGCCAUCCACGCUGUCAGUGCAUACUGCGGUGCUGAGGAGGGGCCGCUCUGCCGUCGACGUGGUCGUGGCUCCAGCCCCAAAACGACCACCGUGAAACCAAUGGCUGUCAAGGUGGAAGUGAUGGUCCAGCCACCUUCCAACACACUCCUUGAGUCGGCCGUUCGAGCGGUCCGGACGGAACGACGGCCCAAAAUAUGCUUUCUCUGUUUGCAGAACACCAAACUCUCGCUGGCGGACCGAGUCUAUUCAUUCCAUGAACCGGGGGACCUGACCAAACAUUUUCAGAGGCGGCAUCUGGAGAAGUUCCAGCCGAUGGAUUGCGAUACCUGCAACGUGAGGCUGAAAACCCUGAAAGAUCUUCUGUUCCAUGCGGAAACUGCACACGGAACCGUUACACGUUCGCCCAAGUACAGGAUGCUCGCAAAAUCCGGUGAACCCGGUGCCCCGACUGGCCGUCUGCCACCGAGCUCCCAACCAUCUUGGUACCCGCGUGGCAACCAGUGCGAGGAGGUCGAUCAUCAAGGUGGGAGUUCCAUGUGUGCCUGGAAGCCCCCGCUCGUCUCACAGACCAUUCGCAAUUCCUCACGCCCCCACCUGCCCCUCCGUUUCCCGUUCGCAUUUAAUCAAGGAUAA